AUGGAAACCACGAGUCCCGUGAUAACAAGCCCACAGCCCUACGAUGAAAUCGACGGGACCCACGUGACGCUAAAACGUGUGGUCAACCCCCUGGUGGCGCUGCUCAGUCUGAUGGGAAACUCCCUCAACUGUGUCGUGUUGGCCAAAAGUGGCCUGGCCAAACCAUCCAACAUGUUUCUCUUCUCCCUGGCCAUCGCCGACUUCUGCACGCUACUCAAAGUCCUUUUCACCACCAUCUUUUUAUCUCUGUGGCGGAUGAACCGACAGCCUGGUCAGGAUUCAUUCCCGCAGGAUUUAGCGUAUGUUUACUUUUUCUUCGAAAGACUGACAACUUUCCUCUUUCUGUGGGGAGGCUACGUGGGCUCGAACAUCCCCGCCAUCAUAGUGGUGGAGAGGAUUGUGGCUGUUUACUUUCCGCUCCGGUUCAAAUCCCUGGUCACCCCCCGCACGGCCGGGGCCGCGCUGACCAUCACCUGGACCUUCUGGCUACCGUGGUGCAUGCUGCAGACGACAUUCCUCACCCCGUCGGGCCUCGUCGCCACGGACACCGACGUCUACUACGCGACCUUCUCCCAGUUCUGCCUCGACCACAUCGACGCCAUCGACAUCAUCUACUCCUACGUCCUCAACUACCUCAGCAGCGUGUUCCCCGUCUCCGUCAUCGUCGUCUGCAGCUUUCUCAUCGGGGUCAAGGUCAGGCAGACCAUGCGCAUGCGCAGGCGGAUCUCGACGUACAGGCAAGGGUACUCGACACGGACCACCCGUACGUUGGUGACGGUGGCGGCGGUGUUCGCGCUGUUCAACGCCUCCUACUUCACUGUCUGGUGCUGCUUCAGUCAGGACAUCAAGAGCGGGGACGGCACGUCGCUGGUGGUAGAUGAAGUAGAGUUCCUCAUCGUCUACCUAACGAGCGCCAGCAACUUCUUCGUUUACGUCGUUCUCAACUCGAAAUUCAGGAAAGUCUGCCUGGGUUUAUUUAUUGUUUGUAAACAAAAAUAA